AUGACCAGACCUAUGGAGGCAGAGUACAGAGUUGUUAGCCUCGGGGAUAAAGUAAGGGAUCACGUUACGGCGGAGGAAGGAGAAGAAGAAGAAGAAGAAGAACAAGAACAAGAAGAAGAAGAAGAAGAAGAGGAAGAAGAAUCAACGAACUGGAAGAGAGAGCUGAAAGAAGGCCCUGAAGAACUGGAAGCGAAAGCAGAAAGAAGGCCUGAAGAACUGGAAGCGAAAGCAGAAAGAAGACCCGAAGAACUGGAAGAGAAAGCAGAAAGAAAGCCUGAAGAACUGGAAAAGAAAGCAGAAAGAAGCCUGAAGAACUGGAAGAGAAAGCAGAAAGAAGGUCUGAAGAACUGGAAGAGAAAGCAGAAAGAAGGUCUGAAGAACUGGAAGAGAAAACAUAAGAAAGGUGCGUUGGUACAAGCUCCAACUGGGAAACAGAUGAGGAACAGCCAAUUCCAGAUUGAAUGCGGAGCAACAUAG